AUGGCUCCAGUUUAUACUAAUUCCAACGGUCAACCAAUCCCAGAAGCUUUCGCUACCCAAAGAGUUGGUGAACAUGGUCCUUUAUUAUUACAAGAUUUCAAUUUAAUUGAUUCCUUAGCUCAUUUCGAUCGUGAAAGAAUCCCAGAAAGAGUUGUCCACGCCAAAGGUUCAGGUGCUUACGGUGUCUUUGAAGUUACCGAUGAUAUCACUGAUAUCGUUGGAUCUGCCUUUUUAGAUACUGUUGGUAAAAAAACCAGAACUUUUACUAGAUUUUCCACUGUUGGUGGUGAAUCCGGUUCUGCUGAUACUGCCAGAGAUCCAAGAGGUUUCUCAACUAAAUUCUAUACUGAAGAAGGUAAUUUAGAUUUAGUUUACAAUAAUACCCCAGUUUUCUUCUUAAGAGAUCCAUCUAAGUUUCCUCAUUUCAUCCAUACUCAAAAGAGAAAUCCAGAAACUCACUUAAAAGAUGCUAACAUGUUCUGGGAUUACUUAACUUCUAAUGAAGAAUCUGCUCAUCAAGUUACUAUUUUAUUCUCUGAUCGUGGUACUCCAAAAUCUUAUCGUGAAAUGAAUGGUUACUCUGGUCACACUUAUAAAUGGUCUAACAAAAAGGGUGAUUGGCAUUAUGUUCAAGUUCAUUUCAUCACUGAACAAGGUAAUAAAACCUUAAACAAUGAAGAAGCUGGUGAAUUAGCUGGUUCAAACCCAGAUUAUGCUCAAGAAGAUUUAUUCAAGAACAUUGCUGCUGGUAACUUCCCAACUUGGACUUGUUACAUUCAAACCAUGACUCAAGAACAAGCUAAAAAAGCUCCAUUCUCUGUCUUUGAUUUAACUAAAGUUUGGCCUCAUGCUGAUUACCCAUUAAGAAGAUUUGGUAAAUUCACUCUUAAUGAAAAUCCAAAGAAUUAUUUCGCUGAAGUUGAACAAGCUGCCUUUUCUCCAGCUCAUACUGUUCCAUACAUGGAACCAUCUGCUGAUCCAGUCUUACAAUCAAGAUUAUUCUCUUAUGCUGAUACUCACAGACACAGAUUAGGUCCAAACUAUACUCAAAUCCCAGUUAACUGUCCAGUUGCUGGUCGUGUUUAUAAUCCUCACAUGAGAGAUGGUGCUAUGAAUGUUAACGGUAACUUAGGUGCUACUCCAAACUAUUUAGCCACCUCCAAUCCAAUUGAAUUUAGAGAUUACAAAUAUCAAGAAGAACAAGAAGUCUGGCACGGUGCUGCUACUCCAUUCCACUGGAAAGCUACUGAAAAGGAAUUUGAUCAACCACGUGAAUUAUAUAAAGUCUUAGCUAAAUAUCCAAACCAACAAGCUCAUUUAGCUCACAAUGUUGCUGUUCAUGUUUCUGCUGCUGAUGCUUCUAUUCAAGAUAGAGUUUUCGCUUACUUCACCAAGAUCCACCCAGAUUUAGGUGCUGCUAUUAAAAAGGAAACUUUAGAAUUAUCUCCAAGAAAAUAA